ACCGCUGCCUCUGGUCAGAGACGGUUGGAGCUGAGCGCGCUCAAGGAGAAGCAGCAUCACUGGCUGGAGACACAGCAUCUUAAAUAAAAGACAGAUACAGCUGCAAAAAGGCAUACUGUUGUCUGGGAUUGCAAGCGCAGAGAAAAGAAGAGAAGAUCAACUGACAGGACAAAGACAAAGCCAUGCGGCCGCGGUCCAGACUGCUGUCCAAGAGAACACUCCUGCUGCCCACAAUCAGAGAGGGCACCGAGGAGACAGUGAGGGAUUUGAAUGGGGCCAACACACUCCACAUCGCCGGCCACGGCCAGGCUGUCUCCUCAGAGGACUACCUCCUCUCUAUCUGCCACCUGGCUCACCCCACCUUCCCCACCAGGGACGUCUCUCCAGACAACACCCACACACGGCAGCUGGAUGCUGGGCACCAGAGGCUGCGGCUGUCACGAUUCAGUGGGACAACAUCAACCACCUUUAGAUCCAACCCCACAGAGGAGGCACAUGCCAUCGAUAUGCAGCAGGGAGAGGAGAAUGAACUGAGUGGGGAGCUGAUGUUUAGUAACACAGAUCCCCUGGAGUAUCUGUAUGGACACCAGAACAACCUCUCAGGAGGCGUGAGGAGGGCAGUUGUCGAGGGAAGGUUUAUAAGACAACAUCAGGCUCGCUCCAGAGCUCACAGCAUCCCCCGUGCUUCAAGUCCAGACCUCCUACGCCAACGCAAGAGCAGCUGCCCUGAAUUACACACCAGCACUAACACCUCUGUUCCAAACAUCUCCCCAAAGCACAGCUUUGCCAGGAGAGGGAGCCCAGCAGACAGAGGAGCAGAGAGGGAGGGACAGAAUCCAACCAUCAAACAGUCCCUCAUCUCCCAGUGGAUCUCUGACUGCAGGUCAGCGUGGAGGGAGGCACGUGUGCGAGCCUGCAUGCUGCCCGCCAUCGCUGAGAUAUAGGGCGCAAAUGGACAGACAUUGUGACAGAAGACAUUCCUCAAUAAAGUAUCUUAAUCUAUAUCUGUCAGUGCAUGAGACAUUGACGUUAGGAGAUAUGUAGAUGUCUAUUAUGCAGAUAUAUUAAAGGGAUACGACCAUAUACACAUCUGCAAACAUACAGAGGCAAGUAAAUAUUGUCAUGAUUGUCCAUCUGUAAUGUUACAUCAAUGUCAUCAUUUACCAUCUACCUACACUUGAUGUAUGCUGGUGAUCAUACAAAAUCAUAACAAUAGAAAAAUCUGCAAAAUCUUUCUUUUUUUAAUCUGCCAGUGUUUUUGUGAAUGAACUAAAUAUGAAUCAAUAAAACAGUGUUUUGAUACUC